AUAGUUAGUUUUAGGUUUUAUUUGUAUAACCAUAAACUAAAGGGAACCAAACAUUUUUAGCUGGGAUACAGUAGCUGUAUGGAUGUGCAUUUUGUUAACAUUAUUACGGUAACAGUACCCGGAAAUGCGCGAAUGUUCAGCUAUUCUUCACGUUCACACAAGCAAGCAUGAUAUUACGAUUCGUGUUGUUCGUAUGAAUGAAUCCAUAUAACUACUGCUGUAGUGCAGAUAAACGUUUGGUGCAGAAGAUAUGCGCUCAACACGAUUUGUAGUCUUUUUGUGACAUUGUUGUAGCUGCUGCUACCCCACGUGUUGUAGGACAGACAAACACAUUGGAGGCUCACGCUACCGAGCGAGCUGCAUCGACAGCUUUGAGUCAUCUCUGUCAUUGCGAGACAUUUCCGAGCCUGUAAUCUCCACAGUUCUCACGUUUCUUUCCCUAUCAACCCGAUACCAUGAGUGAGUACUUCUCGCUAGCGGAGUGUGAUGUAAUUGGCUUUGAUCUGGAUCAUACUCUCUGUCGAUACCAUUUGAAGGAGACCUCCAGGCUGAUCUAUGAGAGUUUUGCACGGUAUCUGGUGGAGCAUAAAGGUUAUGACAAAGAUCUGCUUCAUUUGACACCUGCUACUUGGGAUUUCUGUUUUAAAGGUCUUGUGGUGGACCUUGAGGAGGGGAACUUGGUCAAGUUGGCAGUGGAUGGUACUGUCUUGCGGGCAACUCAUGGCACUAAAAACCUUAGCACUGACGACAUAACAAAGCAUUAUGGUCCUAAAAGAGAAUGGAAGCAUUUUAAUAGCCUCAAUACCUCAUACACACGAUCUGCAAAAUACUAUUUUUAUGACAACUAUUUUGACCUCCCUGGUGCUCUUCUCUGUGCCAGAGUGGUGGACAUGUUACAUAAGCGAGGAGCUGAAAUCACAUCUGACUUUUGGAAAGACAUUGUUGCUGCCAUUGACCAUAAUUACAACACAUCUGCAUUUCGGGAGGAUGCAGGGACGUAUUUCCCUAGUGUGAAACGUAAUCCCGGCCGUUACCUGCAGCCCUGCUCAGAUGCGGUGAAGAGAUGGUUGAGGACCAUGAAAAACAGCGGUAAAAUCCUGCUGCUCAUCACGAGCUCACACUCUGAUUACUGCAGACUAGUGUGUGAGCACAUACUGGGGAAGGACUUUGAGGAGCUGUUUGACAUCAUUAUCACUAAUGCUCUGAAGCCUGGAUUCUUCUCUCUUGUUCCACAGCAAAGACCUUUCAGAACACUAGUGGAUGAUGUUGAAGAUAGUGAGGGUUUGCCAUCUCUGGAAAAACCUGGUUGGUAUUCUCAGGGCAACUGGCCUCAUCUACAUGAACUAUUGAAGAUCAUGACCAACAAAUCAGAGCCAAAGGUGGUGUACUUUGGAGACAGCAUACGCUCAGACAUGUUCCCGGCCUGCAGCUUUGGAAAGUGGGAGACGGUGAUGAUUGUGGAGGAGAUUGAGGGGGAGGGGACCCCCUGUAACAGCCUCGCCCCAAGUGAAGGUCCUGUAGAGAAGAAGGGCAAAUUUGAGGAUCAGGGAAUGAAGUCUCCUUCAGCUGUGUCAAAUCAGUGGGGCUCAUAUUUUGUCGAUGUGCAAAAGAAUGAAGGAGAGGAGACACAGAGACUCACCUGGUGUUGCCACAGUAUCCACAAAUAUAGCACCAUGGCUAUACCCAGCAUUGAGGCUAUAGCAGACCUUCCUUUAGACUUUAAGUUCCAGAGAUUUUCUCCAGAUAAGCCCAGCACAACAGGUUAUUACCCCAGACCUCCAGACUCGCUGCUGAAACGUGAACAGAACCAGUCCUGAAUUCUCGCACUUCUCAAGCACAGUCCAGGAGAUUGUCCCGCCAUUGAGUUCUCCAGAUUCACUUAGAGCUAGGCCAUCCAUUCUUCCAACCAGUGAUUAAAGCUGUGUGAAUGUAACACCCUGGACAGUGUCUGUGUAUUAUCUUCUCACCCCUACAUGAACAAGUACAGUUGAAGUCAGAAGUUUGCAUACACCAUAGCCAAAUACAUUUAAACUUAGUUUUUCACAAUUCCUGAUAUUUAAUCGUAGAAAACAUUCCCUGUCUUAGGUCAGUUAGGAUCACUACAUAAUGUUAAAUGUCAGAGUAAUAGUAGAGAGAAUUAUUUAUUUCAGGUUUUAUGUCUUUCAUCACAUUCACAGUGGGUCAGAAUUUUACAUACACUUGCCUUUAAAUUGUUUAACUUGGGUCAACCAUUUUGGGUAGCUUUCCACAAGCUUCUCACAAUAAGUUGCUGGAAUCCUCCAGACAGAACUGGUGUAAAUGAGUCAGGUUUGUAGGCCUCCUUGCUCGCACACGCUUUUUCAGUUCUGCCCACAAAUUUUCUAUCAGAUUGAGGUCAGGGCUUUGUGAUGGCCACUCCAAUACCUUGACUUUGUUGUCCUGAAGCCAUUUUGCCACAACUUUGGAGGUAUGCUUGGGGUCAUUGUCCAUUUGGAAGACCUAUUAGUGACCUAGCUUUAACUUCAUGGCUGAUGUAUUUAGAUGUUGCUUCAGUAUAUCCACAUAAUUUCCCUUCCUCAUGAUGCCAUCUAUUUUGUGAAGUGCACCAGUUCCAUCUGCAGCAAAGCAACCCCACAACAUGAUGCUGCCACCCCCAUGCUUCACGAUUGGGAUGGUGUUCUUCGGCUUGCAAGCCUCACCCUUUUUCCUCCAAACAUAAUGAUGGUCAUUAAGGCCAAAAUGUUCCAUUUUUGUUUAAUUAGACAAGUGGAAAUUUCUCCAAAAAGUAACAUCUUCAUCCCCAUGUGCACUUGCACACUGUUGUCUGGCUUUUUUAUGGGGGUUUUGGAGCAUUGGCUUCUUCCUUGCUGAUCAGCCUUUCAGGUUUUGUUGAUAUAGGACUCAUUUUAUUGUGGAUAUAGAUACUUGUCUACCUGUUUCCUCCAGCAUCUUCACAAGGUCCUUUGCUGUUGUUCUGGGAUUGAUUUGCACUUUUCGCACCAAACUACGUUCAUCUCUAGGAGACAGAAUGCAUCUCCUUCCUUAGCGAUAUGAUGGCUGCGUGGUCCCAUGGUGUUUAUACUUGCAUACUAUUGUUUGUACAGAUGAAAGUGGUACCUUCAGGCAUUUGGAAAUUGCUCCCAAGGAUGAACCAGACUUGUGGAGGUCUACUUUUUUUUUUCUGAGGUCUUGACUGAUUUCUUUAGAUUUCAAAAAAAGAGGCACUGAGUUUGAAGGUAGGCCUUAAAAUACAUCUACAGGUACACCUCCAAUUGACUCCAAUUAGCCAAUUAGCCUAUCAGAAGCUAAUUGUCUAAAGGCUUGACAUAAUUUUCUGGAAUUUUCCAAGGCACAGUUAACUUAGUGUAAACUUCUUACCCACUGGAAUUGUGAUAUAGUCAAUUAAAAGUGAAACAAUCUGUCUGUAAACAACUGUUGGAAAAAUUACUCAUGUCAUGCACAAAGUAGAUGUCCUAAACGACUUGCCAAAUCUAUAGUUCGCUAAUAUGAAAUCUGUGGAGUGGUUUAAAAAUGAGUUUUAAUGACUUCAACCUAAGUGUAUGUAAACUUCUGAUAUCAGCUGUAUAAUGUAACUGAAGUUGUGUUUGUCUGUUUGUGACUAGCCAUGCAUUGAUCAUUGGAUGUACAAGGAAGUUACCAUCUAUUGUGUCUUACGCUGUUUACUCACAAUAACACAUAUUUGUAAUCAGUAGAGCAUUCUCACUACCAUUGAACUACUAAAGGAAUAGUUCACCCAAAAAUUCUGUCAACAUUUGCUCAUCCUCAUGUUGUUCCAUUGAUUAUGAUUUCCUUUUUCCUUAUUGGAAAACAUUGAAUUUUCUGAAGGAUAUCCUUUCUGCCUUUUUUCAUAUACUGUAAUGAAAGUCAAUGGUGACUGGGUCUGGCAAGCUCCAAAAUGACAAUAAUACACAAUAAAAGUGUCAUAAAAUUACUCCAUAUACUGUAGGUUCAGAACGACAUGAGGGUGAGUAAAUGAUGACAAAAGCUUCAUUUGUGGGCAAACUGUACCUUCAAGGAGUACAAAAAAACAUAGUUUUCCCAUGAGCUAUGUGUUUAUUUAUUUAUUUAUUUAUUUUGUUUGUUUGUUUUUUGUUUUUUAAUGAAAGUAAUGUUACAUAACCUCAAAGGAUGUGUUUUGGCAAUGCACUGUGCUUUUAUGUAAUUGCUUACUGCAAGAAAGCCAGGCACAAAUGACGUUGAAUAUUCAUGCAACCAAGAAACUGCCAUGAGUUCUUUGCUCUUCUUGUGAUUGUUGAAAGUGUUGCAAGUAAACUGCUGGUGCUGAAACUGGUUCAGAUUAGUGCCAGUGUUUUGUAGUAUAUUGUAGAUUGUUUACUUUCCUGCAUUUGAUUGUGAUUUCUCACCCUUCUCUAUAUUGUUGUAAUUUACUGUACUCUUUGAGAGUUUCUAUGAGAAAUGAGAGAGAUGGUGUGUACAGUACAUCAUAUUCCCAAAUGCAGAUGAAGUAUUAAGUGUCCACUUGACUUCUUGCACAAAUGCCUUUUGUUUCAGGUCUUCGUUGUUAUUGAAUGAAAAAGGGUGAAUACUUAAGAAUUUCUCUGUGUAUGUAAUGUUAUAGUAAAGGUGUAAAAAAUAUUGUGUUGUUGGGUGAUAGUCAAUGUAAACAGCCAAUUUUCUGUCAUGCACAGUGGCAGUGUUGAAUGGUGCCAUGCUUUACCCAACCAUUUAGUGGUUUUAUGUGUCAGAGCACGUCUUAUCUAAAUCCCAUUACUUGUUUCAUGUGUGUGCUGGUCCUGAAUAUUGAUAAUGAUUUGUAAAAGCAAUGUAAGUGGAUUUUAUGUUUUUAUGUUGAGUGGUCUGAUGGGGUUUCCAUAGUGGUAGGCUGUAAUGGUUUUAAAUGGUACAGUGUUAAAAGACAAACUGCAUGUCAGAAGUGUUUGAUUUUAUUGUUUAACAAAGCUGAGAUUUAAGUGAUGUUGUGUUCCGUCACUGGGCAGCUUCAUCAAGUACAGAGGUGUGGAAAUCCUCAUCAGAGCUAUGACCUACUUUUCUCUGUUGAUUAAAAAAAAAAAAAAAAAUAGUAUCUUCUGCUGUAUGUGGUGAACAGCACUAAUGAUUGUUAAUUGAGUACAGGGAAAGUGUUCGUAUGUGCAGAAAUAAAAAAGAAAAAAUUAACAUGAAUUUUAAGGGCUUUCAU